GGCGCAUUUCUCAACACAGCGCUCCUUUACCUGUCGCGGGGAGCCAAAUCUGUGCGUUGAAGGACUAAAGGGGCAUUAAAUCAGCAAGAAAUUAAUCGGAAACAUGAAAAUUCCGAAUUGUAUAUGCUAAGAAUGGACUAAAACUUCUCCCGGUCUGAGGACAAAAUACCACCAGCAAAAGAGGAACUCCAGAGACAAGAUCAUUUGACUGCCAGUCUACAAUAUGGACUGGAAGACCUUCCAAGCCCUGCUCAGUGGGGUGAAUAAAUACUCCACAGCAUUUGGGCGGGUAUGGCUGUCUGUUGUGUUUGUGUUCAGGGUGAUGGUGUACGUUGUGGCAGCGGAGCGAGUUUGGGGCGAUGAGCAGAAAGACUUUGACUGUAACACCAAGCAGCCCGGCUGUGCCAAUGUCUGCUACGACCACUUCUUUCCCAUCUCCCACAUCCGCCUGUGGGCCUUGCAGCUCAUCUUUGUCACCUGCCCCUCCUUCAUGGUGGUUAUGCAUGUGGCAUACCGUGAUGACCGUGAGCGCAAGUACAAGACCAAGCAUGGCGACACCAGCAAGUUGUACAGCAACACGGGCAAAAAACAUGGUGGCUUGUGGUGGACCUAUCUGAUCAGCCUCUUUGUAAAGACAGGCAUUGAAGUCUCCUUUCUCUACAUCCUCCAUCAUAUCUACGACAGCUUCUAUCUGCCAAGGCUGGUCAAGUGUGAGGUGUCACCCUGCCCGAACCAGGUGGACUGUUACAUUGGUCACCCAACUGAAAAGAAGGUCUUCACCUACUUCAUGGUUGGCGCCUCGGCUCUCUGUAUUGUCCUGAACAUCUGCGAGAUCAUUUAUCUAAUCUCCAAACGCGUCGUAAGAUGUGCAAACAAGGUCAAGAGGCGCAAUCGUAACAUGGCUGUGCAUCAUGAAAACUACAACGACGACCCCUUCAACAACUGCAACCUGCCUGGGUCUAGGGGGUCUAGGUUGAACUUAAAAGAAAGGCCUCCAGCCUUUAAAACUGCAUUUAAGCCUUCAUUUGGGCCAUCUGGACUCAAACUCGAAGAGAAGAUUCGGGCCUCUGCUCCAAAUCUUUCCCUUUCUUCAUGAUUGAAAACACGGAAGAGCAGGAGAUAAGAAUUUGCUUGGGUGAGAACCCAAUGACAAGCCUCAGAAACAGACUCAGAACUAUGAGCCAAACUACAGUGUGUGUGUCAGACCCUGGAAGUUGAGUCAUCAGUACUGGAUUCAUCCUGUGGGCCUCUGUGUCUACAUCUAAGACUCUUUUAGAGCUAAUGAACUUUGGUUUCCAAGUAAACAUCCACAAUAUUUACAAGUCAAAUAGAGCCAAAAAUGAUUUGUUAAUGAUGUGGGCUUCUUUUUUUUAAUACAAUAAUGGUCUGUGUUGCUUUUCAGCUUCACCCCCUUCACCCAUAUUAGAACAUUCCAGUGUGGUUGCUCUGUCUUUCUUGUGAUAGUAGUUUAACAUGGGAGGGGACGGAAAGGAAACACUGAACACAAGAAAGCAGGACACACCUGGCAGAGGUAUUCACCCACACUGCCAGUGUCUACAGUGUUGUGUCAAGAUGCUUUGCUGUCAUCCCAUUAGAUACACAUUUCAGUGAUCUCUUUUAUUUAACUGUACUGAAACCAUAGCUUCAUCUUUAUUCUUUGCUCUACUGAUAAGAAGAUGAUGAGAUUGGUAAAAUAUUCUGCAGGGUAGUGCAGACACUGCAGAGUCAUACAGUUAUGGCUGAGUAUUACUUGAAGGUUUGCUAACUGACCAAAAAAAAGGAUUUUUACCCAACUUAUGUGCUCAGUUAAGAUCUAUUACAUCAAGAAAAUGCAUACAUCACUGGUAUAUUUAUUUGGGUAAAGCCUUGGUAGGUAUUUGAUUGCUCUUGUGCUGCAAAGCCAUAAGUUGUUCAUAGAGUGUCUGUGUUUUGACAUCCUGUACACAAACUCGCCUCAUCCAAGACCACUGUUGAUUCAAAUAAGGCGAAAGGAAUGCUGCUGCUUGAUUCUGUGUUGAAAGCUGGAGCACAGUGAAGAAAGGGGGAAAGCUGGACAUACAGAUGGCUCAUUGAACUAUUUCCCAUUUAUAUGAGUCCCUAAUUGUUAUAUAUGUACAUCAAAUGGAAAAACAUCUUUCUGCACUUAUUGUUAAUAAAGUCAUUUUCAUGAAUUUAAAUAUAUUAAAUUAA